CGCCGCAACUACAUUGACCUUUGCUUGUGACAAAAGAGAAAGAGAAAUUUCUUCUCUCCAAUUUCCUUUCUUUUGCAACAGCUUCAGGAGGAAAAAACACAAGGAAGAAGAAGAAGAAGAGACAUGGAAGGGAGCUCCCCCUCACCACCAUCAUCAUCUUCUUCUUCUUCUGCUAUAUUCUUCUCCAGUUUAUCAAUUUUUCUGUGCUUCAUUCCAGGGUUGGCAGGUGGCGGCUCAGAUUUGCCAAGCUCUGGAACCGUAGCUUCCAACCAUUCAUCCAAGAAGUCGUCCACGCUGAUAGGACUUGCCGUGUGCCUUGUGGGGGCAAUAGUACUAAUUGGAGGGGCAGUUCUUGUCUUCAAGAUAUGGCAGAAGAAGAGGAGAGAAGUGCAGCACGCCCGUCUCCUAAAGCUCUUUGAGGAAGAAGACGAUGAUCUCAACGAGGAGCUUGGAAUCUGAGACUCCUUAAUCCAGUAUGGCUCUCUAUUUGGAUGAUAGGUUUUGGAGAACUUAGCAUAUAGUAUCUUCUUGAUGUAUAGAAUGCUUUUUUUUGUUCCUUUCAAAAAGAUAAUUAAAAUGUCAUACAAUCACAUAUUAUAUAUGUUAAUCCUUUUUAUCAUGAAACAUCUCAUGAAUGAAGAUUAAAUAGAGAAACUAAAU